UUAACCAAACGUCAAAAAUCCGUGAAUUCCAACAAAAAUCACGUACAAACAGGCCCCGAACCAAACAAUGACCAUUUUCAGAACGUCUUAAAGAUUGUCAACGCAGCAAGAGCCGAGUACCAAGAAACAUAAAACCGACAACCGCGUAAAUCGCACUAACAACAUUAGAAUAAUGGCAGGGACGGCAUUAGAGGUGAUUUUGCCCCGUUUCCCCCUCAAAUAGUCAGCGGCCGUGUUCCCUAUUGGUCUUAUGCACCUGGUCAACCAGGAUAUGCCGUCGACUCGCACACAAAACUCUAUUUGUUUGUGAUUCUACCUGCGAACGAGCUAGUGAAUCAUGCUCUCGCAACACUGACUGUUCGGUGCGGUUUUUACUGUGUUUUCGCGUGGUAAAAUAGUGUUUUUUUGUGAGAUUCCUAACUGGAACAAUGAGUGCGAACAAUCAAAACAAUGCAGUGCAAAGCAACGUAUCGGAAAUACCGCCGAGCCCCACGAAAGUCGGGGCUUUCGAUCCCAACGUGAGCGUCACCAAUAAACUGUUGCCUUUGGCCGCUUUUUUUAUUGCCUUUGUCACCGUUAUGACCAUACUCAUUGUCUAUAUGGACCACACAGCGAUGAAGCACUAUCAGUUCCAAGUGAAUAUGAGUCAAGACAAUGAGUUCUACGGUGUCGCCCAGGAUAAUCCGCAGCUCAUAACCUACAUUAGGGAGGUGCACCUCACCCCUGCAAUUGAGCCUCAUCACAAGAUGCUCGAGUCAGAGGACACAAUCUCAAAUGACACCAUUUAUGUCUUGAAGCUUUUAAAUAACAAGAGAAAUGGUGUGUUCGUGGAGGCUGGAGCGUACGGAGACGGCAAGACAUCGAAAACCGAUUGGUUGGAACGCAAACUGAACUGGCGCGGCCUCCUCAUACAGUCGGAUCCGAGACAUUAUUUCAGCCUGAGACGUCACAAUCGUGUCAGGUCACAGGCCAUUCACGCUUGCCUCAGCCCAAUUCCUUAUCCAAAGGAAGUUACGCUUCAUCAGGAACAUGAUGGCGUUAAAAUUAACAGUAUCCACGCUAACAGUAUCGAAGAUACGGAUUCGUUCAACACUCGCGUUAAGUGUUUCCCGAUUUAUUCGUUGCUGUUGGCGAUGAACGUGAUGGACAUUGACUAUUUGAGUUUGGAGGCGGGCGGUACCGAGCUUCAGGUGCUGGAAACCAUACCCUUCGACAAGGUGAACAUUAAAAUCAUUUCUGUAACAUUGACAGCAAAUGAUUUAGAGAAAGAAACGAUCAAGAAGUUUUUGGCGAAAAUGAACUACACUUUCAUGCAAAGCUUCAAUACCACCUACAUUUUCAAAAUGAAUUAAUUAAACUGAUUACUAUUUUAAUUUGUUGAUCUCUCUGAUAUUUGAAAUUAGGUUUAGACACAUUCCCCACAGCUUCUCUUACAAGACUGAAACGCACAUCAAUCUGCCCGCCACAUUCCAAACCGUUCUGUUGUAAUCAGUGUAGUUUAGUUUUUGUUUUUCGUUACCAAACGAUAUCUAUGAAGUAGUAGUUAGUAGGUCCGUCCGUGUCCAGGAAAUUGAUAAAUUUUAUUUGGUUUUAUUGGGUGCAAAUCGCGUUUUAAAUACUUCAUAGAUAUUCAAACGUAUAUUAAUUGACUGAUAAUAUUUAUUAGUAAUGUAAAUAGGUUUAAAGAAUUUUAGUAUCACAAACAUAUCAAUAUUAUGAUGUGUAAUGGAUUUUUCUGUAGCCAGCAAAAUAAUCUGAACAUAGUGCCUUUUGUACAGAAUUCCAAUUGUUAGAAAUGCAUUCCUGUUGUUGCAGAGUAGUGUAGUAGGUUUUAAGGCAGGUUCCAUGACCCUUUUUUGUACUUAAAUAUAAAAAAUAAAUUUGUUUAAAAUAAUAUAAUA